AUGCGAGUCGACUGGCAGCCAAAGCUCACCGCGCACGAGGUGCUCGGAGUCGGCCUCGACGCGAGCCAUGCCGAAAAAUCAAGCCACCACCCCGACAAGAAGGACGGCGAUGCGGCCCUCUUCUUGAGCAUCUCAGACGCGUACGAGGAGCUGUCCAGCAAGUCGAGCGGCGAGAGCCCCUCUAUCCCCAACAUGAGCGAGGAGCUGUGGACGGAUCGGUCCGACUCGCCGCUCUGCACGGCCUGCCUCAACGGCGACCGCGUCGAGGUGAAUCGGCUGCUCGCCGAGGCGCGCUCGGACCCCUUCCAGCAGGACAUCGUCAACAGGCCGGGCCGGUCUGGACUGACGCCGCUCAAGUACGCCUGCGUCAACGGGCACGACGCGAUUGUCGAGAAACUGCUCGAGUCCCGCUGCAGCGUGGACAGCACGAGCCGGGCGGGCGUGACGGCGCUGAUGGAGGCGCGUGCGGAUCAUGGGGUGGGAGAAUCCUAUCGAUUAGCCCUGAGCCUAAUCUCUCUGUCUCCUCACACGUAG